ACACAUGGGGUGGCAGCGGCCACUUAGCUAGGAAAAUCGUCAGUGCGAUCAUCGCGAGCGAUCCGCGACGAUCCCACGAUCGUGAGCUCCGAUAGAGAUUCUCGAGUAGCGUCCUCUUAAUCCAAGAAAGCAUGCAUUUGGCAACGAUGGUGAAAGUGGGUUAUGCUCUGAUGAUAUUUACCCUAUUGAUGAUGAUGUGGGCGUCCUUGGUUCGGAUGCACGAGCUUCCGGUCCAAUAUCCACCGUGUUUCUUCAAUCCUCUUUGCACUUGUUCGAAAGCCAUCCCGGAUUUGGGUAUCGUCACCUGUUACAACGUGCCGAUGCCGCGGAUACCUCAGCCCAUAAAUUCCUCCAAAGUGUUCAUGCUGCAGUUGGAGAACAACGGGCUGAUGUUUCUUCAGCCACAAUUUCUUAUGAACACAGGUCUGUACAAUCUACGGAUCAAACAUAAUCCCCUGGCCGACAUCCCGGACGAAGCUUUCCUAGGGCUUGAGAGAUCGUUAUGGGAGCUCGAAUUACCCUACAAUCGCCUAGAGAAGGUUCCCAGCAGGUCAUUCAGACAUUUGCAGAAAUUGCAAUUUCUCGAUCUGACAGGUAACAAAAUAUCAAAGAUCACGCCGGAUAAUUGGCGUGGUCUCGAGAAUUCUUUGCAAAAGCUGCGAUUGGGACGAAACGCGAUCGACAAACUACCGGCGGAUGCAUUCGCGGGCCUCACUUACUUGGACAUGCUCGAUUUACGCGAAAAUAAUCUGAAAGAAAUCGAUCCUUCCGUGUUCAGAGAUGGCAUGGCACAUCUGAUAUAUCUGUACCUGAAUGGAAAUCAAUUGACCCACAUUCCCUAUGCGCAAUUGUCGUCUCUGAAGCGUAUGAAGGUGUUGGAUCUUAGUUACAACAGAAUAUCGAAGAUGUUAAACCAGCAACAGGAGCCGGAAAUCAGAGGGCUGCAGUUGUCUCUGGAUAUACUGCGAUUGGAUUAUAAUCAAAUCGAAACUCUGAUGCCUGGUGAUUUCCAGCAUUUUCAUAAAGUUAACCGAACUUAUCUCGAUGGUAAUCCUUUAACUAUGGUACAGGAGGGUACGUUCAGGGAUUCGAGAAUACGGGAACUUUAUUUCAGUGAUUGCGAUCUAAUGGAGGUGAAUUCUCCCGAUUUGGCCGGCUUGGAGUCGUCCCUGGAAUUAUUGGAUCUCUCCGGGAAUAAUAUCACUUCUCUCUCGAGUCCUAUCUUCCAAGAAUACGAUUUUUUACGUACUCUGAUCUUCCGUGAGAACAAGAUUCAAACGUUUUCGCCGGCCGAAGUAUUCAAUGGUUUCCAAUACUCUCUGUACAAUUUGGACUUGAGCGGCAGAGAAAACAGCGUGGUGUCCCUUCAGGAUUUACGACAAAUGCGGAACAUGCGGUUCCUUUCAAUCUCGCGAAUGCCACAAUCAACGUUAUCGUCGGACGAUUUUAUGGAAUACGGGAUGGACAUCAAGGAACUUCGUAUAGUCCAAAGCAACCUGAAUACCAUCAAGGCUCAUGCCUUUAUGCACGUUCGCGGAAUCAAGUAUUUGGACUUCUCGGAGAACUCGAUAUCCUCGAUAGAAGACGAAGCUUUCUCCGAGGUUGGACAUUCGCUUCUAACGUUGAGGAUGUCUCACGGUUUCUCUUCCUCCGUUUCUGAAGUGCCAAACGCGCCAUUCAAGUUUCUGACGAACCUGCAGCACCUUGAUUUUAGCAACAACAAAAUUAAAUCACUGCCAGAUACGUCUUUCCACUUUUUGAAGAGGAUCAAACGAAUAGAAUUGCAGGACAACGAAAUCGAUAAUAUCAGGAAAGGAACGUUUCAGGGCGACAUACAUUCGUACCUGGAAGAGGUGAAUUUCUCCUUCAACAUGAUCAAAACGAUUCUGACCCACACGUUCGUCGACCUACCAAAAUUAACGAUGAUAAAUUUAGAAGACAACGCUAUAGAUAGAAUCGAGAGGCGGGCGUUCAUGAACAUGAAGCUGUUGAAGUAUAUCAACCUACGGGGUAACAAGAUAAAAGAUAUCACGGACGAAGCCUUCCAGAAUCUGCCAGAUUUGGAGUUCCUUGACUUCGCGUACAACGACCUAGCCGAGUUCGACUUUGCCUCGUUCGAUCAAGUGGGAACGUUGUCCUCGUUCAAAGUUAACGCCAGCCAUAAUGAAAUCCCGAAAUUAUGGAUCAACAGCACUACGUUUACACCGCCGACCACCAUUGGCGGGUCGAUUCAAUCGAACAUCAAGGUCCUCGACCUCAGCUACAACAACAUAUCCGACAUAAUGAAGUACUACUUCAAACCAGUCGAAUACUCCUUGACGCAUCUGUAUUUAUCUCACAAUCAACUGAGCAACGUGACCCAAGGUGUCUUUGGAAAUAUGCCACACCUACAGUGGCUAGACCUGAGCCACAACGAGCUGAUGGAAAUCGACUUCGACUGCUUCAGAAACACGAGGAACAUCCAAGUGCUUCUCCUCUCUUGGAACAAUAUCAUGGACAUACCGGCAGAGGCGCUCAGACCGCUGAAGAAACUGAGAAUCGUCGAUCUUUCUCAUAACAAACUGAGAUCACUGCCAGACAAUAUGUUUUCAGACGCCAGUAUCGAAAGUUUGGAUUUGUCUCACAAUCAGUUUAUGAGGCUACCGAUAAAGACCAUGUCCAUCUCAGCUGCAGCCAGUUUAUCAAUGUUGGAUCUGUCUUGGAACACCUUGUCGGGCAUUCACACGACAGACGCGAUAUUUAGAUUGCGAAGCCUAACGUGGCUAGAUCUGUCUUACAAUCGAUUAGUCAGACUCGAUGAUGGUGUGUUCUCCGAUCUGCCGUAUUUAACUCAUCUCGAUUUGAGUCACAACAAACAACUACUUCUGGAAUCACGCGGAAGAACGUUUCACGGUUUAGAGGACUCGCUUUUGUAUCUUGAUCUAAGCAAUAUUUCGCUCUUAAGUGUGCCAGAAUUGCCACUGCGACGAUUACAAACGUUGUAUCUGGCUCACAAUGAGUUGGCAUCGAUACCAGCGGAAAUGGCAUCGAAUUUAACGUCCCUUCAUUACUUGGACUUAAAUGCCAAUGAUCUGACAGUGGUGCCACUGAUCACGCACACCCUACCUGAAUUGAAAACUUUCAAUUUAGCGGAUAAUCCGAUCACGGCCGUUAGCAAUACUAGUUUCUUAGGUAUCGCGGACAGUCUCGAGGAACUGGACAUACGAAGACUGUCUUUGAUGACUUUCGAGAGCGGAGCACUCUGCAAAGCUACGAAACUCCGCAAGUUAUAUAUAACCGCUUACAACGGCGUGAAGAAUUUCAACUUCCCCAAUAUUCUUGAGUACAACAACGGCUUAAGGCAUCUGGUCAUCGAUGUACAGAAUGACACGAACUUGGAGAAAGAAAUGAAAGGAAAAUUCCCCAACAAACUGUUCAAUAUAACGUUGACUGGUCGAGCAUUGAAGGACAUAAACCCAGAUAUAUUGCGAGGCAUAAGAAAUCCGCACUUGCACUUCGGCAUGUACAACACGAGCGUGAGCACCGUGCCCAAGCAAAUGUUUGAAAACGCGGAAUGGGUAAGAAACGUGACGAUUCAUCUUCGUCACAACGACGCGCGAACUCUUCACAAUCCGUCUAACGGGUACAAGCCAGGCGUGCCAGGGAAACGAUUUCUAUUGAAACUCACGGUGAGGGGAAGCUAUUUAACCUGCGACUGCGACAUCGGAUGGAUGGAAUCCUGGCAGAGGAAGCACAGACAAUACCAAGAGGACCGCUGCACUACCUACAGCGAGUUCAAGAACUUCGAAAGAGACGAAGAAGACGACGAGUUCGAUUGUUGGGACAACGAUUGGGACGACGAUCUUCGGGAAACAUUUUGCCUGAACAAAAAUAACGUGUCGGUGCUGGACGCGUUAAAGACCGAUCUGGAAUGUGGAUGGGGUGCCGCGAGUUACAUUUACGCGCCUCGUCAUCUCCUUCUUUUCUUUUGCGUUAUUUUCCCAGCACUCGUCUAUUAGAGAUCUUACCCUUCGAACGCGUACCUCCGUUUUAUGCGUUUAAAAAUCAUUCACCGUUCCUUUCCCCGCGACGUGCAACGAUUUAAAGCGCGAACACGCGACGUAUCGUUUAUCAAAAUAUUUCUAUUUUACUCGAGAGGAAUACACGCGAGAGGAAGAACGCGAUGACGCGUUUCGUUUGUCUCGUCUUAUGUAGCGUCUGCUUAUGCAAAUGGACAGCGAUGAUGGGAUAUGAUGGGAAUAGGUAUAAUGCGACGUUCCCGUGUGUCUACUAUCAAUAAGUUGAUUUUGACGAUCAUGAUUUAUGUAUAUUUACGGAACACAUCAACGCAACGAGUACAUACUCGGAUCUAUGGCAGUGGUAGUUUCUUUUGUUAUCGUCGAUGAUAAUUAUUCAUUCGACCGCACGUACGUGAUGAGCGGUCGUCAACGUGAGUUUCAUCGCAUUCGCGACACCUGCCUGCGUUUAUGAUUCGGUUGCGUUCAGUGUUCGUUCGAUAGAACUAGAUUUUAUAUGAAAAGUUAUUGUAAAGGUAAUUUCUUCGAGUGAUUUCGAAAUGAUCUGCAUCGAGUUUGCACUUUGAUCGGAUGCGUCAGAGGGAGAGAAGCUCUUGCACAUCCAUUCGUUUCUUUGCCUAAAGCAGCACGCUUUGAAUCAAUGAGACUGCCGUCGGAUCAAUCGUUCAGAUACUCGUACAAAGUGACCAAUUAAGGACCGAACGUGUACCAGAAAGACGCUCGAUAUGUUUUCUUCUUUCGAUUUGUAACACGUAUCCGUCGCGUUGAUAGGAAUUGAAGUUUCAUUCUCUGCAUCGUAGCAGUUAGCUGUCUGCUUGCGAUCGUUGUGUAAAAAAUCACGCGGUUGCAGGGUCUUCUUUUCGUCUUUUUCGCGCUACGUCAUUGUCGAGCUAAGAACCUGUAAAUAAAUCGAGGCUAACGCUCUUCCUUCUAUUCUAUUCGAAGGAAGAGAUUGAAAUUUACGAGAUGGAAGCUUCUUCCGUUUGUGGAAAAGAAAAUCAGGAUCGAGGAGAAAUUGCGCGUUUUAAAUUGAAAAAUCUUAUUCGUUUUCUAACAAGAAAGGAAAGAAUUUUAACUUGUACUUGGAUCUUAGUUCGACGGAAGCAGUAUAGAUUUUAAUGGUUUUAGUUAAUCACACAUUCAGAUUGUCAUACAUUCAAAACAAAAAGAAAAAAAAAAAAAAAAAGAAAAAGUAGAGAAUAUGAAACGUACGUUUAUAGAGACUUGAAGGGGCAAUUCACUCAGUAAGUAAUUCACUAGCGAAGAUUUUAUAUAUUAUGCGUUUAAUGAACGAAAAAAAAAACUGAUUCGCUUUCCAAUAUGUGCUGUCGACACGUUUCUUUUUUUAAUAAAAUCGCACUGUAUAGUAUGGUA